AAGGACCCGACCCUCGGUCACGUGACUCGAGUCCGCCGAAUUCCGCCUCCGUCACUUCCGGGUGCGACUGCAGCCUCUGUCCAGCCGGGCGCGGAAGUCCUUGGGUGCCUUCUUGUUGAGUCUGACGGUUUACACGACUGCCCCUUUCCUGCUCCCAGUGGGAGGGACAUGAGUGUCCCUGGGCCGUUGCCUCCGAAUGGGGUCCUGACAAGGCCACCCGACAGCCUGGAGCCCGGGGAGCCGACGCCAGGUUUAAGUGACACUUCUCCAGAUGAAGGGUUAAUAGAGGACUUGCCUAUAGAAGACAAAGCAGUGAAGCAACUGGCAGAAGGAUUGCUUUCUCAUUACUUGCCAGAUCUGCAGAGAUCAAAACAAGCACUCCAGGAACUCACACAGAACCAAGUUGUAUUAUUAGACACACUGGAACAAGAGAUUUCAAAAUUUAAAGAAUGUCAUUCAAUGUUGGAUAUUAAUGCUUUGUUCACUGAGGCUAAACACUAUCAUGCCAAGUUAGUGAAUAUCAGAAAAGAGAUGCUGAUGCUUCAUGAAAAGACAUCAAAGUUAAAGAAAAGAGCACUUAAACUGCAGCAGAAGAGACAAAAAGAAGAGUUGGAAAGGGAACAACAACGAGAGAAGGAAUUUGAAAGAGAAAAGCAGUUAACUGCCAGACCAGCUAAAAGAACGUAAAAAGUUGUCUUUGUGUGUUUUCUUCCCCUAUCCCAUGUUUGGAUGAAGGUGGCUUAAGUGUAGACAGAAGUUGCGAUAGUGCCUUAUCCCAUUGUGUUACAUGUUGAAAUCCUUAUCCCAGGGUUGCUGUGUCUUCAUAUCUUCAUUUCAGCUAUUCAAAAAGCCUUUCUUUCUAAGUCACAGACAUAAUGUCACUUGGUUUUGAUAUUUAUAUGUAAUUUUUUCAACUUUUGUUUAAUUUUAAAAUUCAUUAUUUUGGCCUUGAAUCAUUUAUAAACUAGAAAAUGAUUGUUAUGAAUCUAGACUCUAUGUAGUUAAAAAUUAGUAUUUGUUUUAGCUUAUUAAAAGUUUCUUUUUCUUAUUUUGUGAAAUGACUUGCCUUUCUGGCAAUACAGUGCUGAUUUUUGGUAAUUGCCUUUACAUUGCUUAGUUAGGAAGAAAUGUCAGUUGUUUAAUCAUAUAUGCCCCUGGAAAAGAGAUGGUGUAUGUCUUUGUGAAGAACAUAAUGGAAAAGUGCAUGCACAGGAAAUAAUAGCACUUUAGACAUAGUUUAGAUGGGUAAAAUGCCAGAUAAAUUCUACUAACCAUAUACUCUUAGUGUUUUUGCUGCUUUUGUAGCUUUUGGGUUUGAAGCAGAUUACCACUAUUCCUAAAGUUUGGUAGGGGUGGUGGAGCUGUCAUACAUUCAAAUAAGCUUAUAUAUUUAUAAUGAGUAGCAGUCACCACACAUUGAGAUAAGGUUUCUGUGCUUUUAAAAAAUUCUUAAAGUAGAACGAUAUAUUCCAACAACCCUCUUUAUAGAUCAUGACAGGAAUGGUGGAAAAUUAGUAAAGAGCUUCACAAAAGAGGCAGCAUGAUACCUUCAGUGUUCUCUAGAUUUUUUCCCUGAUAAUAUACGUAGGAACUUGUUAAGUGGGGAAAAUAUUAUGAUGUUUUAUUGUUUCAAAUCGAGAGUAUAUUAGUCACUGUUUUAGCAUAAUAUUUAACAUCCAACUGGUCUCUAAUCUCUAUUACACAGGGACUGUACAGAGCCUGUAAAGAUGUAUGAUUAGAAUGAAAGUGAAUCUUUUACAAUCCACAUUGUAUUUUUAUUAAGCUGGAAUCACUACCUCUGAUCAAAUACCAGGCUAAGAAUGGAGAAAGCAUUAGUAUUGAGUACUAAGAACUGGUUUGUUUAAAGGUUUAAAUAGUCUGCUUUUAAAGGGCCUUUUCCUUCUUUAAUGAAUGAAUUGUGGUCUCACAAUUCUCCUGACUUUGACCUUGUAUUUAAGACAAGUAUAUUUUAUUUGAAAAGGCUAAGUUGCCCUUAAACACUUGCUGAAACUGCCUAGGCUUGAGGGACAAUGUCACCUAAAUUGCUGCACGUAUUCAUUUAUAAUAUAUCUGAUGAAGGCAGUGUAUUGUUUCUCAGAGUGGUUUUGGACAACUGUAAUGGUUGUUCAGAACGAAUGCUGGUUCCUGAACACCAUGUUCAGUUUCGGUCUACUGAAGCACAUUUGGUUUUGGUUUAUUUGUUUUGCCUUUUUUUUUUUUUUUAAGUUUCCCCCAGUGAUUUUGAUGCACCUUAAAAGUUGAGAACCACAGGCUUAGUGGUCUAGGUCAGCCCUUCUUACACUAGGCUGCACAGCAUUAUCACCUGAGAACUUUAAAAAAAUAAAGAUGUUCUGAAUGCUUAGUCAUUUGUUAGGAUGUGAAACCCAUGUAUUUUUUAAAGAACUCCUUACAUAAUUCUGAUGUAAGGAACCACUGGUAUAGACUAUCUAGUGAUUUAUAUUUAUAAGCAGUGAAAUAGUUUAAAAGCUACCCAGUAAAUUGGAAUUAAUCUUAUCGAAUAAAUUCUGAACUGCUGCAUUUGUUGUAGUCAGAUUUAAGACUGAACCCUAACAGGCAGGAAAUAGAUAUAGAAUUCUGGUUAGUUAAUUGAAUUGUAUUAAAAUAAAUCAUGUUUGUUGAAUGAAUGGCAAGGUACAUAUACUUUCAGAUUGUAUCAUUUAAGUUUUGAAGACUUAAAAAUGUCAAAAUGAAUAUAUAUUAGCAUUCACUAUUUUAAGGUCAGUUAUCAAUCAGAAGUACUGUUAUCUUAGUAAUUAAAAUUUACAACUUUAGCUGUGUUUCAGUAACAUAGAAACAUAUCUUACUGACUCGAUCUGAAUGGAACCGUUAUAAUUAGUCUUGCUGUAUUUUUUACAAAAUAAUGAAUUGGUACUUGGGAGGUUCUGUUUUUUGCCUUUGUUUUGAAAUUCUAUCAAAUGUACUGAAUGAAUGUGGUGGCAGUUCAUUUUGUAUUUUUUAUGGUAUUAUAUACAAAUAUACAGAUGUUGAAUGUAAUACAGAUUGUGUCUGUAGUGGGUUUCUGGGUGGAUGCGGUUUAUAAAUAUACCAACUAUACAUGCUGGCGCAUUUGUCUUAUUUUGAGCUUGUAAAAUGAGGACUACUUUUUACAUAUUUAAUAAAAAAAGUCUGAGUUA